CCUGGCAAUCAGCUCACCAUAAUCUUCGCCUCCUUUGGUUUUAUCGCUCAAAACCCUAGGUCACCGCCUUUGCCUAAAUGACAAUUUUACCCUCCUAUCCUUUAUAUUUCGAUUGUUAGCAAAGCUUCAUGUCAGUCCAAGUAAAUCCCGACAUACUGAAAGUAAAUGAAGAACGGGGAAAGUAGAAAACUUAAUUUUAAUUUUAAUUUCUAAUAAAAUAGAGAUUAAAAAAAACUCACAUAUUGAGAAGAUGAAGAAGUGCGAGCUUUGCAAGUUCCCGGCGAGAAGCUACUGUGAAGCCGACGAGGCCUGCCUCUGCUGGGAUUGCGAUGCUAAAGUUCACGGAGCCAACUUUCUGGUCGCUCGACACACGCGCAGCCUCCUAUGCCAGAUUUGUCAAUUUCUAACUCGCUGGAAAGCUUCCGGUGCUAAACUCGGCCGCACUGUUUCCGUAUGCGAUGGAUGUGCAAAUAGAUAUAAUCUUAAAGAACGAGAUGAAGAAGAGGAAGAAGACGAAGAAGAAGAAUCCGAGGAAUCUGAGGAGGCUAAUGAUGAUGUAAGCACUGAGGACGAUGAUAAUCUUUCGGCCGACGAGGAGGAGGAGGAGGAGGACGAAGGUGAUAGUGAUAAUCAGGUAGUUCCGUGGUCAUCUACGACGCCGCCACCGGCUGCCAGCUCUUCUUCUUCUUCUUCUUCUUCUUCUGCUUCGAGUAGCCAAGAGAGUGUGAGUGGAUUCACUCGUAGCGAUGGAGUGUAUUGUGAAUCUGUACUAAAUGUAAAAUCUUUGAAACGGACGCGUGAGAGUUACACAGAUCUUCGGUGCAUGCUUCAGGAAGAUGUCAGCCGCUUAUUUUCUCAACGGAGGUGCGGUCGACCAGCGUUAAAAACUCAGGCAGGAGGCGGUGGUGCUGACGGAGAAGCCAUUCCUGUUGACUAUUCCUUGUCCUUGAGACCUUUGAAAGACAGGAGAAGAGAAAAGGAGUGCUCGUUUCAGGCCGGUUCGACGUCGGUGGGGGUCAUCGAUUAUCUUCAGAUAUUUCAUCAACGCAGUAACGGGAAAUCGAACGGAGAUUCUGAAGCCGUCGAUAAUGCUUCAUCGGGAAAUUGUAGCCGAACGAUGUGAGGUAUUAUAGGGAUUACUUUUGCAUUGACCUUUUCUACACAGCAGUCUUAGUCGAGUUUUCUUUUGACCAUUAUUUAAUUUGUAUUAAAAUUAUUAAUUAAUGAGAUAUUUUCAUUAUUUCCCUUUC